GUUUCCAAUCAAAUCUCCGUUUGAUCGAAGAAACUCCAGAAACCGAUCUUUAUCUUCUUCUUACUCGGCCAUGGCAGAAGAAACCCAGACGAAAGCAGAGGAAGUAGUGGUGGCUGAGACUGAGAAAACGGCGAUUGAGAAAGAGACAGCACCACCUGCACCAGUGGCGGAGGUGCCAGAGGUGGAGGAGCCUAUCAAACCAGCCGUUGUAGAAGAAGAAGCUGCUGCUGUUACUGCUACUACUGAGGAGGCUGAGAAAUCGGAGGCCACUGAGGUAGAGUCCAUCGAUCAAGCGGUUACUUUCCAGGAGGAGAGCAACGUCGUCUCCGAUCUUCCUGACCCAGAGAAGAAAGCUCUUGAAGAGUUGAAGCAACUCAUCCAGGAAGCCCUUAACAAAAGCGAGUUCACAGCUCCUCCACCGCCUCCACCAGCGGCGAAGGAGGAAGUGAAGCCCGCUGAGGAGGAGAAGAAGGCCGAGACUGAAGAAGCCCCUGCCCCGGCUGAGAAAAAGCCGGAUACUACUGAAGAAGCUACUGCCGAGGCGUCGGCACCAGCAGCGACGGAAGAGCCCCCGAAGCCAGAGGCUAGCGAUGUUGCAGAGCCGGCACCGGUGGAGGAAGUGAAGGAAGAGAAGAAAGAAGAGCCGACGCCACCAGCUGUGGUGGUUGAGACGGUAGAGGAAGUUGCGGCACCACCGGCUGUGGUGGUUGAAGAGGUGGUUGAGACGGUAACAUCCGUUGAUGAUGACGGUGCCAAGACCGUUGAGGCCAUUGAAGAGACCAUCGUAGCAGUCUCUGCUCCUGCAGCCCCGGCUGAAGAACCGGCACCGGCGAUACCGGAGAAGGAAGCGGAGGGAGAGUCAACUUCUGCAGCACCUGCUGAGACGAAAGAGGAAGAGAUAGCUGAUGCGGCUGCGCCAUCACCUCUGAUUCCAGAGGAGGUGUCUAUAUGGGGAGUCCCUCUGCUUGCAGAUGAGCGGAGCGAUGCGAUCCUUCUGAAGUUCCUCCGUGCCAGGGAUUUCAAGGUUAAGGACGCUUUUGCCAUGAUCAAGUCCACCGUUGCAUGGAGAAAGGAGUUCGGAAUUGAGACCCUUCUCGAGGAAGACUUGGGUAAUGAUCUGGAGAAGGCAGUGUUCAUGUAUGGGUCUGAUAAGGAAGGUCAUCCUGUGUGUUACAACGUUUAUGGUGAGUUCCAGAACAAGGAGUUGUAUCAGAAGGCCUUUUCUGAUGAGGAGAAGCGACAGAAAUUCCUGAGGUGGAGGAUUCAGUUCCUUGAGAAGAGCAUUCGGAAGCUUGAUUUUAGCCCAGAUGGGAUUUGCACGAUGGUUCAGGUUAAUGAUCUCAAGAAUUCUCCUGGACUCGCAAAGCGGGAGCUUCGCUUGGCAACAAGGCAGGCCCUUUUGUUGCUUCAGGACAACUACCCUGAGUUCGUCGCCAUACAGGUCUUCAUCAAUGUUCCAUGGUGGUAUCUUGCCUUUAAUCGGAUGAUCAGUCCCUUCCUAACCCAGAGAACCAAGAGCAAGUUUGUCUUUGCUGGGCCAUCAAAAUCCGCUGAAACCCUUUUCAAAUACGUAGCUCCUGAACAAGUGCCAGUUCAAUAUGGAGGCCUGAGCAGGGAAGGAGAACAAGAAUUCUCCACAACUGAUCCAGCCAUUGAAGUCACUGUAAAGCCUACAUCAAAGCACACUGUUGAAAUCCCCGUUUCUGAGACAUGCCUUCUCGUUUGGGAGCUUCGAGUAAUCGGUUGGGAAGUUAGUUAUGGUGCUGAAUUUGUCCCAAGUGCAGAAGAUGGUUACACUGUGCUUGUGCAGAAGACAAGGAAGAUAACGCCCACUGAAGAACCAGUGAUCUCCAACACUUUCAAGAUUGGCGAGCCCGGAAAGGUGGUGCUCACCAUUGACAACACCAGCUCCAAGAAGAAAAAGCUUCUUUACAGGUUCAAGACCAAACCCUCUUCAGAUUGAGUUCACUCUAAUACUAGAUCGUCCAUGAGGAGUUGGAAUUCAAUCAGAUGAACACAAAAUUUUCAAAAGAAGAAAUGCAAGAAGCUGACCUGCGAUUACUGCCUCCCACACCUAAUCAUCAGGAAUUCAGCAACAUCACAUAGAUAAGAGUUGAAAGUUUUUGGGUUGGGUUCUUUUUGUUAAGAAAUCAAAGUUUUCUUUCUAUUAAAUUUAAUCUUUAUAUAUAUAUUUUUUUACUUUUGGGAAUUUUUUGGGUCUUCUCUUUUUUGCUUUUUAUGAAAGAUGAAUUUGGUGUUGGUUUGUGAGAUUUUACUGGUGAAGAUAAUGUGGAAGGAAGAGUAAUCAAUGGACUCUGUAGUAAGAAGAAAGCUAUAGAAGUGUGGAAAGAAAUUCUGUUACUACUUUUGAUGCCUGUAAAAUUUCUAUGUACAUUUGUUGGUAUUUUUUAUCACCGUUAAAAAUGGAUGUCUAUUAAGUA